AUCGUGAAAUCUGAAACAUUGAGAAAUCACCAUUGCAUCAAUCAUAUUAUGUUUUCCACUGAAAUUUAAUACAUAAUUCAUUGACCAGAACGAAAAAUUAUCACUACUACUACUAAUGGUGGCCAGUACUAUUCGUACAAAAGUGUCGUCUUGACACUAGAUUAGAGUCUUUGUGGCUAGUUUUUAUUGUUAGUUUCGUUGUUUAAAUAAAACCUCGUUUAAAARCCCAUUAUUUUACGCGAUAUMAGGUUUCAUAGUUUCACCUGUUCCUUUGCGUAUAUCAUGGUAACAAAACUAGAAGUUCUUGCAYCAAUGUUCCCAUUUUACUAUUCAUCAAAAACYCGCCGAAUCAAGGAUUCAAUGUACCGCCGAAGAAAUUUCCAAAGCUACCUUUCUCCAGCUCGAGUUCGGUCUACAUCUGAUCAGAGCUUUAGAGCCACUUACGACAGUAGGAACAACAGCAGCUCCAAUUUCGACAUCGCCACCGAGAAAGAUGUUACAUCAGUAUACAGGGAAGCCUGCGAAAGAUCAAAUGGCGGCACAUUUUUCCAGCUUUUUUCAAGCCAACAGCAUGAGAAACCUCGAGAAGGUGAAAACAGCACAUUUCAGAGAGGCAAAGCUUACUUUGAAGGGCUGAGUAGCGAUGAAAAGGAUUAUGGAAGAUACAACAACGACAUAGAGASWGUGGGAAAACAAGAGUUUUCAGAAUCCAGUGUCGAUUAUGAAUCACAGUCCACUUCGUUCUCGUCGUUUGUGGAAGUUGAGAAASUCUGCACAUCUGAAACAGAUUCGACUGACCACUAUGAGAAGAAUCCAUUUGAUGAAAUGGCGAAAAUUCAGUCGAGMACUUUAGCAACAACGACAACUAUUACACAAGAAACGAAGUCAACCACACGCUCAACAACAGCAGAGUCACUUGAGACAACGUCCAGACCCUCAGCUGAUUAUUAUGGCGAGACGGACUGGUACAUGGAUAUAUUGCUACGAAUGCAAGCUCUUGAUAUGAAGCAGAAAAAUCUAAUGGUUCAGUAUGACUUCCUGGGAAAAUUAGCCAAUCAAAACCGACAAGAUAUCACUCAGUCGAAGGACUGGGGACAAUUUGAGCCCGACAUGAAAAACAUUGGAGUCUACUGAUUGAAUUGCGUUGGAAUGACAACGGAACUGACAUMCGACCACAGAUUUUGAAAAAAGGUUUUUUUCUACUUUCUCUACUUUGUAAAGUCUUUUUGACAAUUAGAAAAUGUUUAAAAAGAGAUAAUAAAAAGAUAAUUUGUCAGUAUA